AUGCGUUCGUUCUUAGAUGCCGAAACAGGCGUCUUCUGGGACGUGGAGGAUUUCCCAGUCACCGAUCGUGUUUUGUUUGAUCAGAAUAUUAGAUUAGCUCUUGCUAAUGCUGGUUAUUAUGGUAAAGUUUCAAUUACGGCUUAUGGUGACAAGAAACGGGAGGAUGAAUAUAAGGUUGCCGGAAUCACCUUUGUACCCGGAGGCUCUAAACGUGCUAGAAUGCAUAGGAUGUUAGUGGACAUGCAUUUUUGGGGAGUGGCCAAUCGUGCUCUGCUAAGAAACAUGAUGGUACUCGCAAAAGACAUCAUGCCGGAUGAAGAUGUUUACCAAACUCAAUUCGAACAUUAUCUUCAAGUUAUGACCAUGAGAUGUUGGAAUGUCGUCUUAGCUGUGCCUGAUGACUACCAACUAGAAAGACUGCCAUGUCAGGUGAACUGGACGGUAUGGCGUUGGAGUGAUCUACUUGCUGGAGGACAUCCUCUAGACGAUAGCCUUGUAUAUCAACAACCACCACUGGAGGAGAUAGAUAGAGUGCUGAGUGUGGAAAAUAAGUAA